AGGGCUUGUAGCUUUCAUUUAGAGUUAGAAAUAAGCAGAAGUGAAAUGUUUUGUGGAGACACUGAGAGGGAGACAGCAUUGUGUACAUGAGCGUCAGCGUAAGAAAACAAAAAGUAGAACUUUCACCAAAGACUUCAUGGCUCCGUGGGCGAGGACCACUGCAGAGCGCUACGGAGUAGUAAAGUGGAAUUUUGUGGGAAAUGGAGAGAAGCAGCUUCCUCUGGAGGUGGGAGACACUGUCUUCAUCCAGGAGGCCUGUGAUGGCUGGUACUGGGGUUACCUGGCCAGAAACAAAGCUCUUCAGGGCGUGUUUCCUGCCAGUUUCAUCCAUCUUAAAGAAGUUGUCAUUAAAAAACGAGGAAAUGAGGAAGUGGUGACGUCGGUGGAGAUGCCCCUGGUGAAGGAGGUGACCACCACCCUGAGGGAGUGGGGGAGCAUAUGGAAGCAGCUCUAUGUGGCCAAUAAAGAGCUGCGUGUACAUCAGGUGGAGAGACUGAUGUGGGAGCUGAUGGAGUGGAGAUCUCAGCUCCUGUCUGGGACUCUGCCCAACGAUGAAUUCAAAGAGCUGAAACAGAAAGUCACCUCCAAGAUUGAUUACGGCAACAAGAUCUUGGGGCUGGACCUGGUUGUUCGAGACAAAGAUGGAAACAUCUUGGACCCGGAGCAGGCCAGUGUCAUCAGUCUGUUUCAGGCCCACGAGGAGGCCACGGCCAAGAUCAAUGAACGCAUCAAGGAGGAGCAGUCCAACAUCCAGACAGACCACAGUGGGAUCUCAGCACGGAUCCAGUCGUCCCCCACCCACAGUCUUUACGUCUUUGUCAGGAACUUUGUCUGUCGCAUUGGAGAAGACUCGGAGCUCUUCAUGUCCCUGUAUGACCCAGUCAAACAGACCAUCAUCAGCGAGAACUACUUGGUUCGCUGGGGCAGCAAAGGAUUCCCCAAGGAAAUUGAUAUGCUCAACAAUCUGAAAGUUGUCUUUACGGACUUGGGAAACAAGGAUCUGAGCAGAGAGAAGAUUUAUCUGAUCUGUCAGAUAGUCAGAGUGGGCAAGAUGGACCUGAAGGAGACCAACAAGAAGUGCACUCAGGGUCUGAGGAGGCCGUUCGGUGUGGCAGUGAUGGACAUCAGCGACAUCAUCAAAGGGAAGAUUGAACGCGAUGACGAGAAAGAGAUUUUCAUCCCCUUCUUCCCGGCGAUUGCAGAGAACGACUUUCUUCACACUUUACUGAACAAAGUGACUGCAUCUCGCAGGGACAGCGGCGGCCAAGGUCUGUGGGUGACCAUGAAGGCUAUGGUUGGGGACAUUGUUCAGAUCAGGAAGGAGUAUCCUCACCUGGUGGACCGCAGCACAGUUGUGGCCCGCAAACUGGGCUUCCCGGAGAUCAUCAUGCCCGGGGAUGUUCGCAAUGACAUCUACCUCACCAUCCAGGGCGGAGACUUCGACAAGUACAACAAGACCACUCAGAAGAACGUGGAGGUCAUCAUGUGGGUCUGUGAUGAAGAGGGCAAGGUCAUACAGAACUCCAUCUGUCUGGGAGCCGGGGACAAGGCUGUCAGUGAAUAUAGAUCUGUCAUCUACUACCAAAUCAAGCAGCCUCGAUGGAUGGAAACUUUUAAGGUGGCAGUCCCUCUGGAAGAAAUGCACCGGAUUCACUUGCGCUUCAUGUUCGCUCUUCACAGGAGUGUAACCAAGGACAAGAGUGAGAAGAACUUUGCGAUGGCCUUUGUUCGUCUGAUGAAAGACGACGGUACAGUUCUACAAGAUGGAACGCACGACCUUAUUGUUUUCAAGGGCGACAGCAAGCGCAUGGAAGACGUCAACUCUUACUUGUCACUUCCCUCAACCCGCCCCCAGCAUGGAGACAAUCACAAGAUGGCAGCACUGAGCCGCAGCGCCAGCUCCGUGUCUGGAGGUGGAGGAGGCCUGUCAGUUAGCUCAAGAGACAGCUUCAGCAUCUCCACCCUGGUCUGCUCCACCAAGCUCACACAGAACGUGGGCCUGCUGGGGCUGCUGAAGUGGAGGACUCGGCCUGAGCUGCUCAGAGACAACCUGGAGAAACUGAAGAUCAUCGACGGGGAGGAAGUAGUCAAGUUCCUGCAGGACACUCUGGACGCUCUCUUCAACAUCAUGAUGGAACAUUCUCAGACCGAUGAUUACGACAUUCUGGUGUUUGACGCCUUGAUUUACAUCAUCGGUCUGAUCGCUGACAGGAAGUUCCAGCACUUCAACACAGUGUUGGAGGCCUACAUCAAGCAGCAUUUUAGCGCCACGUUGGCUUACAAAAAGCUGAUGUCAGUGCUGAAGCGAUAUCUGGAUGUGUCCAGUCGAGGUGAACAGUGUGAGCCCAUCCUGCGGACCCUGAAAGCUUUGGAGUACAUCUUCAAGUUCAUCGUCCGUUCACGCAUGCUGUACUCCCAUUUUGAAUCCAUCAACAACCUGAUGAGAACUGACUACACCACCACUCUGCUGCUCAGGGUUGCCGCUUUGAAGUAUCUGCCGACCGUCCUUCAUGAUGUGGAGAAAGUCUUCGAUGCCAAGCUUCUUAGUCAGCUGCUGCAUGACUUUUACUCCUGCAUCCCUCCUGAGAAGCUGCACAAACAGAAGGUGACCUCCAUGACCGAGAUAGUGAGCAGCCAACUCUUCCAGAGACAAGAGUGCCGUGAUAUAUUGUUACCCAUGAUGCUACGGGAGUUGAGCGUGGCAUUGGUCAGUAUGGCUGAUGGGCCUCAUGAUGAGAGAAGGAAUAGCCUGGAGCUGCUCAACAACAUCCUGGAGGUUCUCAGCAGGGACAGCGUGGGUGAAACAUUCCAACACAUCCAGGACAUUGUCGUGUCCCUGUUAAGGACCAUCAACCAGACUGUCAUCACAAUGGGCCGAGAGCACGCUUUGAUUUCCAGGGUGGUCGCCUGUAUGACAGCUAUAUUGAGUCAGAUGGAUGAUCGCCAUUAUUCUACAUACAUAGAAACCUUCUCUGGAACCACUGAUCUGGUGGACUUCCUGAUGGAGUCCUUCCUUUUGUUCAGGGACCUGAUCAGAAAGCAUGUGUAUCCGUCUGAUUGGAUGGCCAUGAUCAUGGUCCAGAACAGGGUUUUCCUCAGAGCCAUCAACACCUACGCUGCCACCAUGAACCAGAAGUUCCUGAACAAUGACGACUUUGAAGUCCAGUUGUGGAAUAACUAUUUCCAUUUAGCGGUGGCGUUUAUUACCCAGGAGUCUCUGCAGCUUCAGCAUUUCUCGCCAACCAAGAGGAACAAGAUUCUUGCCAAAUAUGGAGAUAUGAGGAGACUCAUUGGUUUUGCGAUUCGUGACAUGUGGUACAAACUCGGCAGUCAUAAGAUCUGCUUCAUCCCCGGCAUGGUGGGCCCCAUCCUGGAGAUGACUUUGAUUCCAGAGGAGGAGCUGAGAAGAGCAACCAUUCCCAUCUUCUUCGACAUGAUCACCUGUGAACACGUUCACUCCGGGAACUUCCUCAAGUUUGAGAAUGAGAUCAUUCUGAAGUUGGACCACGAAGUUGAAGGAGGAGGAGGAGAUGAGCGCUACAUGCAGCUACUGGAGGCUAUCCUCCUGGAGUGUGUUGCUGAGACGCCUACACUCAGGCCACAGGUUCAACACUUUGUUGCCUUGGUUAAAGGACUGCUAAUUCGGCUGCUGGACUAUCGCACCGUGAUGAGCGACGACAGCCGUAACAACCGCAUGAGCUGCACUGUCAAUCUUCUGAACUUUUACAAGGACAGUAAUCGUGAAGGAAUGUACAUCAGAUACCUUUACAAGUUGAGAGACCUUCACCUGGAGGGAGACAACUUCACUGAGGCCGCAUACACACUGCUGCUUCACUCUCGUCUGCUGAAGUGGUCAGAUGAGAUGUGCAGCCCCCAGUUUGAGAUCUGUGGUUCCCAAACACAACGGCAGCUCAAAGAAUCGCUGUACGAUGACAUCAUAGACUACUUUGACAAGGGCAAGAUGUGGGAGGAGGCCAUCACUCUGUGCAAGGAACUGGCCGAACAGUACGAAAAUGAGAUCUUCGAUUACGAGUUGCUCAGCAAACGACUGGAGAAACAGGCCAAGUUCUACGAGAACAUCAUGAAGAUCUUGAGGCCUAAACCCGACUACUUUGCAGUUGGCUACUACGGACAAGGCUACCCUCCAUUUAUCAGGAACAAGGUGUUUAUUCACCGGGGAAAAGAGUACGAACGCAGGGAAGAUUUCCAGAACCAGCUGAUGAGUCAGUUUCCCAGUGCUGUGCGCCUCAACACCACCACCAUGCCUGGAGAUGAAAUCAAAAACUCCUCCCUCCAGUAUAUCCAGUGUUUCACAGUCCACCCGGUUCUGGAGAUCCCUCCUCGCCUGAAGAACAAACCGGUUCCUGACCAGAUUAUUAACUUCUACAAGGCCAACUACGUGCAGCGCUUCCACUACUCCAGACCUGUGAGGAAAGGACCCGUGGACCCCAACAAUGAGUUUGCAUCCAUGUGGAUUGAACGCACAACCUUCACCACUGUGUACAAGCUGCCUGGGAUCCUGCGCUGGUUUGAAGCUACUGAUAUGAAACAUACGACUCUUUCUCCCCUGGAGAACGCCAUAGAGACCAUGGAGUCCACCAAUGAGAAGAUUCUCACCAUGAUCAACCAGUAUCAGACUGACUGGAGCCUUCCCAUCAACCCCCUCUCCAUGCUGCUCAACGGUAUUGUGGACCCGGCUGUCAUGGGAGGCUUCGCCAAGUAUGAAAAGGCCUUCUUCACUGAUGAGUACAAUGAGCAGCAUCCUGGAGACAGAGAGAAAUUGCUGCGUCUCAAAGACCUCAUCGCCUGGCAGAUCCCAUUACUGGGCGGAGGCAUUUCCCUCCACGGAAAGAGAGUGACCGAUGACCUGCGUCCUUUCCACGAACGAAUGGAGGACUGUUUCAAACAGCUGAAGAAGAAAGUAGAGAAGGAGUACGGGGUCAGAGAGUUGCCAGAACUGGACGACAGGAAGUCCACUCGUCCUCGCUCUGUACUGCGCUCCUUUCGACAAUCCAUCAUCUCAAUCUCCUCACUGCAGGGGUCUGACUGUGGGACUCCGACCAAGUUACAAACAGACAAGGACAACCCUCCCGAGUCCCCCACCACCUGGACCUCCACCCUACAGCGCUCCAGUGGCAGCGUGAGUACAACAGAGGAGACGGUGGUGACGGUGGGAGAGACGGAGGUGAAACUGAGGAAGAGCAGGAAGAAAAAGAAGAGGAGCAGCAUGAUCUUCAUCACAGAGGAGACAGAGAGGACCAGCACUCUGCUGAGUAAACGGCUGUCCAAGAAGCAGGAGUUCCGCAGUGACACCAACCUGUCUGAGCCAAACAACGAAACCGUGACGCUGACCAGCGCCAACUCCAGAUCGCUGCCCGCCAUUACAGGUUUGUCCCUGGCCAUUGUCGGCGUUUCAGAGGAGACGAACAACAGUAGAGCCAGAAGGGACAGUAAGAGUGUGUCGGCCUGUUUGACCUCUGACCGGACGGCAGACAGACGCUCCAAGGGUGUCAUCAACCUCCUCUUCAAGUCCAAGGGCUCCAAAGCAGACGAUGCAAAGUCCAGUGACUCGACAAAAGCCAGAAACAGUCAUUUCUGAAAAACAGGAUUUUGUGACGUUGGUUUGAUAAGAGAAGAAAAAAAACUGCACUGAAGAAAAAAAAAAAGCAACAACUCAUUCAUUCUGCCUGUCAGUGUCAGUAUUGCUGUUGCCUUAAUGUCAUUGAUAUCUUCUUAUCAAUAAAAGCUAUUUUCCCAGAGUGA